CGUCGAAGUGUGUCCAAUGCAACUCCUGCAUUAUCAGCAUCUAGUGCUUCAGGCGUGAGUGCUCCAUUGAUUGGGGAGCCUACACCCCUUACGGAGGCUACUCCUACAAUGUCCCAGGUGCCCGUAUCAUCAACGUCAUCAGUGUCAGUUGAGCCCCUCAGUGUACGGCGGCCUCACCGGCGCCGCCGUGAGCCGGAGCCUUCUGAUCACACUUCCUCGUCCUCCAGAGUCGACGAUGGGGCCUCCCAACCAGCUAAAAAAAACACCAGGGGGCCCAAUCGAAUGUUGAAUGAGCUACAACUUGUACGUAUGUCUGCCUCCUUGAUCAAGAUUGCGUAUGAUGAGCGACAUCGUGGAGCGGUUACCUCACAGCAGCAUAACAGCGUCGUUAAUUGCUGUGGUUUUAUUAUUAGGAAUUUUUGUCCUAUGCGGUGGGAGAGUUGGGCAAAAAUUCCUGAGGAGACGAGGACCUUGGUGUGAGACAAUUUGGAGGUCGUUUUUGAAAUGGAGGACAUAUCCCCUGAGGUCAAUGCCUACUUAGAGGAGACCUUAGCAAGCCGGUACAAAGAUUGGAAGAGCGCUCUUCACAAGCAUUUUCAGCUAUGGGAAUCUCCGGAGAUUGCUCGCCUACAGGGUUGCCCACUCGAGUAUAAGGAGCGGCGAGAGGAUUGGGAAUGGCUCUGCACACAUUUUACGGAUCCAAAAUUUUUGAAGAAAUCUGCUGUUGGCAAGAAAGCUCGGGACUCAAAGACACUUCUCCACCAUUCUGGUUCGAAGCCCUUUUCGUAUAGGGUUGAGGCACGACGUGAGGAGGGUUCUAAGUUCCCACAGAUUGACCUGUUCAAGCAUGUUUACGUUCAUCCCAACAAUGAGAACAGUGACCAGCUUUAUGGUGAUAUGGUGGAAAAGAGCACUGCUAUUCUCCAAGAAGCAACAUCGCAGCUUCCCCUAGAGACCCCGAUCGAGGACGUCAUUGUACCCAAGGAUGCAGAUGUUCAGAUCGUGACUGAGGUCCUGGAUCAGAAGUUCGGCCGUCGUCAUGGUAAGGUUGUCGGUGUACGGGGAAGGCGGGGGUUCGUGAAACGGGUGCCUCUUCUUCCAGAUUGUCCAUAG